UUUCGUCUCGCAGCGGAACUUGAACCGAGCCACGACUUGUCUGAGGACUGCAGCGGUGUCCUGGCCUAGGUCUUUGCUUCCUCACCACAGUCUACUACUGACUUCUUCUGUCCACUACAUACCUUUGUACUGUCUCUGCGACCAGUUCGGCCCUUGGUGCCGGAUUAUGGCGACUGCCAUUGGCGAAUCUUCUCCGCUACUUCCUCAACACACGUCUUCUGGGGCCUCACCGUCGCGCACUGGUGGACGAAAUCCACGUACCGUCACGUUUAAUCCUUUGACAUCCGUUAGCACUCAGGCAGGAACUACAUCUUCAGGAUCUUUAAGACCGAUGCAGAGUCCGUCGGCGGCCCUUGGGGGCUCAUCCCAGAGCAGCCGGGAACCACAACCCAUGCUCAGUGCGUUGAACUCGAAACUGCGUCGGAGGAAUAGUCAUGGUGCCCCGCUACCUACCACUCAGCCAUUCCAUCCGGCUCCUCGGGCGGGUGCGCAACGGACGACCAAGACUAUUGAAAAGCUGAAGAUCCUGCCCAACCCCGACAUCGCGGAAGAAGAACCGGACGAAGAAAGUGGGAGGGAUGUGUAUUCGCAGUUCACAAGAAUCAAAGAUCCCACGGCGAGAAGAGAUGCUGCCAGAUUGGGAAAAGCCGACAGAGAGAGGUUGCCUCGCGUGACGGCGUACUGCGUGGCACAGGGCUAUCGGCUCGAUGCAAUCAUGAAGUUCAUGAAAGCCAGGGCGCGAACUCGAGGCGCGAACCCGAAGCUGUUCGACGAGUGUCUGUAUAGCCCGUACGACUACGACUACGUGAAGAAGCAUGACAAGAAAAGGGGGGAUUCGAGGAGCAAUAGCCCAGUACAAGAACGAAUUGCGAGGGUCAUGGCCAGCCCAAGGAUCAAUCCGGGCGAGCGAAGGUUUUCGGACAGCAUCGUGGAAGUUGAGGACAACAAAAAACAGCGAAGAGACGAUCUGAUCGACUUGCAGGAUGAGCUGGGCCCUCCCAGUAUGACCGCCGAGCCCGACGAGCUCGCAGUGACGGCAAGCCGCUCUUCUACCGACCUUCGACAUCCCGAGGGCGAUGAAAUGCACCAGAGGUCCAACUCUGAACUCUCUACGAAAGUGGACACGCCCGAAGUAUUCAUAUUCGACUAUGGCACCGUUGUCAUCUGGGGCAUGACUGUGCAACAAGAACAGAGGUUCUUGAAUGACAUGUCGAAAUUCAGCGAGGCGCCAUUGCCCCAGGAAAGCGUGCAGACGGAAAACUUCAACUUCUAUUAUACCAAAGAGUACCAGGCCCGCAUCUAUAACGACUUCAUCAGCUUGAGGGACCCGCGCAACUAUAUGAUCAAACUGGCCAUCAGUCAUGCACUGUCACAGAGCGUCAAGACGAGUCUGUUCGAGGAUUUGGUCAGCGAGACUAUCGAGGCAACGAGUCCGCUUCCCGCUCUGAUCGCACAAACGGGCAGCGUUAACCUCACCGGACGGCAGCUUAACAUGCAGAUAGGAGAGUUGUUUAUCUUGAGAAUCAAUAUUCACCUGCAAGGGAGCGUCCUUGACAGUCCCGAGUUGAUGUGGGCUGAACCGCAUCUGGAGCCCGUCUACGCCGCAGUCCGGAGCUAUCUGGAAAUCGAACAGCGAGUCGGCCUGCUGACCGAGCGACUGGAUGUCAUUGCUGAUUUACUGGCUGUCUUGAGGGAGCAGGGAAGCAGAAGACAUGGCGAAGUACUGGAAUGGAUUGUCAUCGUCCUGAUCGCCGCGGAAAUCUUGGUUGCCGCCAUCAAUAUUGUUGUCGACCUUUACGCGGGAGUCGAAUAGACUGCCCUUCCUUAUCAUCCUGUUGACCGUUUCAUGUCAUACCUGCUAUUGGCAUUUGUCCCGUCCAACUACCUGCUGGAUCCGCACUUGCAAUACCAAUCGGCACCAAAUCACAGUGUGCACCGAAUCCUCCCGUCGAAUUAAGGCCAAAGGAUGGGGUCACCUCUAACACCCAGGUCCCCAUCGAUCUCAGCAUUUGGUGAACCCUUGUUGUCUUAUUAUUAAUGUCAUACGGGUAAUCUUUAGCGGGGGCGUUGGAGGAAAGAAACUCUCAAGCUGAAGGCUGUCGAUAUACCACUUCCUGCGGGUUAGGUCCCGUCUGUCGGCGUGCAUGGGUGGAUUUCUAUUUGUAAUAUCUUUUACUCUUCCCCGGAGAUGUGCUCAAGUAUGGAAGGGUUCAACAUUGUACUAUUGUCCAGUCAGACAUUGUCGAACUUGAGUGUGGGACUCGGAGUGUGGUUGUAAAUAUGCUGUGAUGAAGCAUUAUUACUGUUUUCAAGGAAUCAAGGAGACAUUGUUGGCUCAUCUGAUCACUUCUGCCAUAUGAAAUCUGUUUGUUAUUCCCUCAACUUCGCAAUACUAUCGGCACUGCAUUGCCUUAUCGCUGACGCUAACUCCCGUCGUCUUCAUGUGCCUUUCUCGCCCAAUACCUGGUGUGUUUCGAUCUGUGAUGGCUGGCUGGUCUUCAUGUCAUUGCGGAACGGCCAGUGUCAAGUACAGUACCUAGGUACAGUGUAGCCCAUACUGCAGUGGUCUCACAGUACCUCAGCUGGCUGCACUGGUAGUCAUUGCCUUCUCACUGUGAUCAGUCCAUAGCUUAGGUACUCAAUGCUCAUUGCCGC